AUGGACACCAUGGACGAGAAGCAUUUAGAUGACCUCGCCAUCGAAAACUUCAGGCAGUACCUCCGGAUCAAAAGCGUUCAUCCUAAUCCGGACUACGCAUCGUGUGUGUCCUUCUUCCGGACUCAGGCGGAAUCCACAGACCUGGAAUUCUUCGUUCACGAGUUCGUGCGCGGGAAGCCGGUGAUAGUGAUGAAAUGGGACGGAACGGACCCCCAGCUGCCUGCGGUGAUGCUCAACUCGCACAUGGACGUGGUGCCCGCCAGCAAGGACGAUUGGACGCAUGACCCGUUUGGUGCCGACAUGGACGAGGAGGGGAAGAUCUUCGGGAGAGGAGCCCAGGACACCAAGCAGCUGGCCAUCAUGGCCGUGGAGGCGGUGCGCCGCCUGAAGAUGCGGGGUGUCAAGCUGCGCAGAAACGUCAUCAUCACCCUGAUGCCAGACGAGGAAAUAGGAGGCGCAGAUGGCAUGGAGAAAUUCGUGCAGUCUGAAGACUUCUAUAAGCUGAACGUUGGCUUCGAACUGGAUGAGGGUCCAGUUUCGCCUGAGGAGGAAUACUCCGUUACCAAUGGCGAAAGGAGCUCAUGGAGUGAGUGUUGA